ACAAUCUAUUAUGUGGCAUAGUUAAGGAAAAGACCUCCCCUUAAAUCAACAAGUAAAUGACUAAAGCUCUUAAUGAUCUGUGAUAAGUAAGUGUAGUAUGUACACUGGGCGUUGUAGGACUGGGAGUAUGUUGACGAAGUUGGAGUCACCACCUACAUUCAAUACUUUACCGGUGUUACCUGACCUUUUGAAACGUGUUAUUAGUCUUUUCUUCCCAAAGGUAUAAAAAGAGUUGCCUCUCUCCUCUCUCACUCUUGACACUCCUACUCUGUCGAUCGGUGCUGGUCUCAGAUUUUCCUCUUAAACAGCAAACAUGACCCAGCUAGAGACGGCCAUGGCCAUCCUGAUGAAGACAUUUGAUACGUAUGCUGCUGGGGAAGGCAGCAAGGACACCCUGAGCAAAGCCGAGGUCAAGACUUUGCUUGAGAAAGAGCUACCUGGAUUGCUUAAGGCAGCGAAGAACCCUGAUGAGGUGGACAAGCUGCUGAAAGGUCUGGAUUUUAACGGGGACUCCGAGGUCGACUUCAGUGAAUUCGUGGUGAUGGUGGCAGCUCUCACCUGUGCUUGCCAUGACCGCUGUCCCAAGAAGUGAGCAGGGAGACAGCACCCUGGGGUGGGGCCAAAUGGUUCCAGCAAAGACAUAAAACCCCUAUGCCGAUUGUUUUCUUUAACAUCUGAAUAAAAUGAUGCAUUUG